AUGAUUAGAACGAUCAAACCUAAAAACGCCCGUUCUAAGAGAGCUUUGGCCAAAAAGGAAGCCAAAUUAGUUGAAAAUCCAAAGAGUGCCUUAUUUGUUCCAGGAGCCACUGGUAAUAAAUUUUUACACGAUGCUAUGUGUGAUUUGAUGGCUCUUAAAAAACCAUUAACCAAGAAGUUUUCUAAAAAGAAUGAAAUUAGACCAUUUGAAGAUGCAUCACAAUUAGAAUUUUUCUCUGAAAAGAAUGAUUCAUCAUUGAUUGUAUUCUCAACUCAUAAUAAGAAAAGACCAAAUACAUUAGUGUUUUCAAGAUUCUUCAAUCAUAAGGUUUUCGAUAUGAUUGAGUUAUCAAUUCAAGAAAACCAUAAAUUGAUACAAGAAUUUAAAAAAUUAACUUUCACCAUGGGAUUGAAACCAAUGUUCACAUUUAAUGGGCCAGAAUUUGACACUCAUCCAGUUUACCAACAUUUGAAAUCUUUAUUCUUGGAUUUCUAUAGAGGUGAAGAAACAGAUUUACAAGAUGUUGCUGGUUUACAAUAUGUCAUUGCAUUAUCAGUUGGUGAAAUAGAAGAUCCAAACUCAUCUCAAUUACCUUUAUUACAUUUCAGAGUUUAUAAAUUGAAAACUUUCAAGAGUGGUCAAAAAGUCCCAAGAGUUGAAAUCGAUGAAAUAGGCCCAAGAUUGGAUUUCAAAAUCGGUAGAAGAGUCACUCCUCCUCCUGAAGUUGAAAAAGAUGCUUAUGCCAAACCUAAACAAUUACAACCUAAAGAAAAGAAGAACGUUUCUACCGAUUUCAUGGGUGACAAGGUUGCUCAAAUCCAUCUUGGUAAGCAAGAUUUGGGUAAAUUACAAACUAGAAAAAUGAAAGGUUUGAAAUCAAAGUAUGAUCAAGUCAGUGAUGACGAUGAAGAUCUUGACCAAUUCGAAGAUGCUGAUGAAAUCUUUGAUGAUGAACCGGAAGCUAAAAAGCAAAAAAUCUAA